AUGAGUUUCAGUCCGGAUGGGGGGGGUCGUCGUGGAGACAUGGCCCUCAAACAUGUGUUCGAGGGCUGCCGCCUGGUGUUCUGGCACAAGUCCCACGUGUCCCGCAUGAAGGAUCGGGUGGUCGACAGGGGUGGCUCCAUAGCAGCGGCACUGGACAAGGACACCACCCACGUGGUAUCGGGCGCGAAUACCAGCCUGGUCACAGCGGCAGCUCACCUGGCCCAAGCGGAGCAUGUCAGGCAUGUGGCUGUGGUCGUGAGUUGGCCCUCCCUGUCGCUCGACAUCGACUCGAUGCGUGUAGCUGCGCCGACGGGCGUCCACUUUGUACUGCCCACGUGGAUCACUGCCUCCAUGCUGAAGCAGACGCGGCAGGCGGAGAGCGACCACCUCUCCCCCUUUGGGCAAAGGCUGGCAGCUGCCAUGCCGCAGGCCCACGGGGAGGCGGCUGUGAGCGGGCCGGGAGGCUCCGGGGCGCCCCUCUGCGACGCUGAGCCUCUGCCGCGCAAGAAAGCCCGCCGCCCGCAACCGCCCGCCCCCUGCAGAGUCGAGAGGGUCGGCAGCGAGUUUGUCGCCAUCGAGGGUGACACCCUGCCUCGAUUCACCGGCGGCGACUCGGGCCUUCCCUGGGGCUGGGCCGGCGUCUGGGAGGAGCCCUGGGAUGAGGCGACGGCGAUGGCGACCCGCGAGAAGCUGCGGCACCACUGGUACCGCACCGCCAGGGCAGCGACGGCGCCCCCCACCGGCAAGGACCAGGGGGGAAAGGCCCCCCGCGUCAACACCGCGUGCAGGCACGCUGCCUGCGCCCCGCACCCCUUCUGCAUCGUGGAGAAGCUGGCGGAGUACCGCUCCGUCUACGUGGAGGGCAGGGACCAGUACCGCAUCAAGGCUCUGGAGCGGGCGAUCCAGCAGGUGGCCGGCCAUGGCUCGCCGCUGGAGGAGGAUGCGGACGUGGACCACGUAGGCCUGGGCCCCAAGAGCGCCCAGAAGGUCAGGGACGUCCUGCGCAGCGGGGAGUUCAUCCGCGUCGCUGCCGUCGCCGGGGACAAGCGGCUACAGACCCUGGCGCUCUUCAGCGGCGUGUGGGGCGCCGGCCCCACCACGGCCCAGAAAUGGUAUGCGGAUGGCGCCCGCAGCCUCGAGGACGUGGCCCGGCGGCCAGGCCUGACGGCGCAGCAGCUGACCGGGCUCAAGUACUAUGAGGACAUCCAGCGCAAGAUGCCCCGCACGGAGGUGGCGAGGGGGGAGGCCCUGGUCCGCGCCGCAGUGUUCGACCUGGUGGACACACUGGCGCCCGGCCUGGGUGCCGACGGCGUGGCCAGGACCUACGCCUGGGCCACGGGCAGCUUCCGGCGAGGCGCCCCGGAGUCCAGCGACAUGGACAUGCUGGUCGGCCUGCCGCCCGGCACGGAGCACGUGGACUGCGUGCACUUCCUGGAGCAGCUGCUGGACAACCUGCUGGAGGCAGGGUUCCUGCUGGAGGACAUGAUGGGGCCGGGCGCGACGUCCACGCUGUGCCGCGCCCCCCUGACCCGCGCGAGCUGGAUGGGGCUGUUCAGGACCGAGGCGUCGCCCUGGGCUCGCCGCAUAGACGUGAAGGUGUACGCGCACGAGCACCUGCCCUUUGCCGUCAACUAUUUUGCCAACAGCCAGUCCUUCUGCCGGGCCACGCGGCACUGGGCCACCCAAGCUGCCGAGCUGGCCAGGACCUGCACAGGGGAACCCAGCACCACGGGGUUCAAGCUGUCGGACAAGGAGGUGACUGUGCUGCUGCCUGAGGGCGGGUCCUCUCAGAGCAGGAUUGCCUGCGCCUGCGAGACCGACAUAUUCAAGCUGCUGGGCCUGGACUAUGUCCCAGUGACCAUGCGCUACUUCAACAACUACUUCUGA